CGAAGUUAGAGGAGGAGACUAAAAGCAUAAAACAACAAGAAGGUUGUUCCUUGCUUCCCGUCCGUUAGCGUUGACCUGGUUUAUAACUUUAAUUUCAUACAUACUUCUUUUCAGUAGUUGCAGUUCAGUAUGGAAGCUGGCGAGGAAACUAGUGGCAACGUGAACUUGAAGAGACAGAGAGCACCUUUGUCAGAUUCUGAAGACAAUGUCCUCUCAUCAUCAGAGGUGAAUGAUGUCCAGAAGCGGCGGCGUCUGGAGGCGACUGGUCAGGAGAAUCGUAGCCCUAAACCAUCCAACUCUGGACGCUUGGUUGAGCUAGGGACAAAGCCAGACACACCGAUGGUUCCCUCAGUCCGGUCCCGAGUCCAGCAGCUCACCCAGCGAAGAGAGGGAGCUCCACUGGCCCAGAGGUGCCUGUCGGAUCCUGGGGCUGUCAGCCCAUCAGCCAGCAUCUAUGACAAGGGCUUGAAAGAGCAUCUCCUCGGUGAAGAAGAAUUCAAUCAGCGAAUGGAGCGGUUUAAAGCGCCUCUCGUAAAGGCUGCCCCUGCACUGAGCCCCUUAGACCUCUGUCCUCGAACCCGCUCCAACUUUGUAUCUGACAUUCAUCAGAAACUCCAGGGCACUACAACACCCAGUUCCAAGGAGGCCUCUCGCAUGCGCCAGGAGCGGGAGCAGGAGUUGAACCAGCUGCAGUUCCAACCAAUCAGUGAGAAUGUCUGGCUGAAAAGGAGCAGCUCUGAUCCCUCGUUAGCACAGGUAGAUGAUGCUGAAAUGAAUGACGGCAGCUUCACUGAAGCUUCUAUAUCUGGUGCAGAAAAGCCACCUGUAAAUACAGCAGGUGAAAGGCCACCUUGUGACUCUGAUGCCCCAGCAGCAUCUGUAGAGCUUGAAAGCUCCAGUGAAGGGCAGCUGCAAAUGGAAUGGAAGAACCAAAAUACUCAUCAGGGUGAAGGACUUGUGAAGGAGAAAGACCAUAAGGCUUUAUUUGGAAAUGAAGAAGAGCAGCUAGGGUCCCAGGAACCAGAGACCCAGACUGUACUGAAGUUGUCUUUUAGUGAGGAUCAGAGUUUCUCCAAAACACCUUUCUUUGAGGAUCAGAAUGUGUCAGGUCAUGAACAGAUACUGAUAGAAUCAGCUCAUCCACACGAGACGGAAACAGUGGAGGUUUCCGAAGUAACUGAACACAGCAGGUCAGAUGUGUUUUCAUUUGAAGAAAAUGAAACGAUGGAUGCUUUUUCAUAUGGUGAAGAGGAGAUUGAGCCUUCAACAGAUGAGAAGUUAUUGUUGUGGCAAUAUCCUCAAUACAAGGUGUGCAAAGAGGAAGAGUCUAUCAUGUCUGAAGGACAGGAAGAAGAUGUGUGUGCUAAAGAGGAGGAAGGGAAGUUGGAAUCAUCAAGAGUGGAUAAAGAGAGUGUAGGCAGUGAUCACUCUGACAUCCUGGACAGUGAACGUUAUUUAGGUGAGAUUGCUGGUUCCUCUGAAUUACAGGAAGAUGAGAAACCUAGACCAGAUGAGGACUCUGUGAAAGACCAGUCUACUUUAAACAGAGACCAAGUUAACAUAGAGUCCUAUGAAGACUGUUUUGAGGGAGCAGGUAAAGGAGAUAAUGAUACUUUUACAAUAAGACAAGACCAGAAAGACGCAGAAGGAUAUACUCAUAAGGAUGAUAUGUGUCAACAGUCAAAGGACAUCCAGACAAUCAAUAUAAAAGAAGACAACAUGGAUGUAGAGUCAAACUCAACAGGCCCAAAUAGCAGAAUGAAACAAAUAGAGGCAUCUCAUUUUGCAGAUUUAGCUCAGACUCAGAAACAAACACAAACAGAAUAUAUAGACCUUCAAAGAAACACUGAAGAUGAAGCACCGCCACAGAGAGGGGCUUAUGCCGAACCAGUAGUCAUGGAUACAAAGGCUCCAGCUCUGAGUUUGACAGAGGUCCAGGUAUCAGAAUGCCUGUUGGACACAGAUGAAGCAGCACAAGAAGCAAUAGAUGGUAGGCAGGGUGUUAUAGAUGGGCUGACAGAGGAAACUCACAAGGCAGAGGGAGGAGAGAGCUUAAAGAAAGUCACUUUUGUCCUGGAACCUGAGCUAAUCAAUGACUCAUCCCUGUCUGAGACCAGCACCUCUGUGGAGUCCAGGGCAGAGACAAGUAUGUCAGAUACUGAAAUGAGCUCUCAUGAUGAGACCAACACCUCUGAAAUAAUUGAUCGGAUGUUCGAGGAGGUGCUGGAAUACGCUGGAAGGAUGGAGGAAGGGAGGGGGGAUGAUGAAGAUGCUGAGGACCACGAUAGUGGUAUUGGUGCUUGCUCUGGAGACAAAGAUAAAAUGGACACGGUGUUAGAGAAGGGGAAAAGGGAAGAAGAGGGAGAAGCCAAAGAAGAGUAUGAUGAGAGCAAUGGAGAUGAGCUGUUAACUUUCCCUCCUAGCGGCAUCCUCUCUCCUCUCAGCAAGUCUGUAGAGGCUGUGGUGACCCCUCUGCGGCUAGCAGCAAACCAGGAAUCAAAUCCUCCAUCUCUGCUGCUGACUCCAGAAGAGACCACCACCCCUCCUGUUGAAUCUGCUCCUCUGUACAGCGUUGAUGCAUACCGAACACAAAGGCAGAGCAAGCUGCCCGCCAUUCAGAGUGUCACCCCCAGGGUUCAGAGACGAGCUCCAGAGAAGUCACAACCCCAACAUUCUGUCAACAACAAGGAGAAAAUCACAGCUCUUAAUGAAGAAGCAGGGAAGCUGCAGAAUGUAAUCAACCAGACCCUGCAGGCUCUGAGCUGCUGUACUGAUGAGGAGCAUGGACGAGGCUCGCUGGAGGAGGCUGAGGCUGAAAAACUACUGCUGGUCUCCUGUGAGAAACGCUCUGCCCUGCUGGCAGAGGUUUCCAGACUGCGGGAGGAGAGGAACUUGGAGACCGGAGAGGCAGCAGGAGAGGACGGGGAGUAUGUUUCCCAGCAGCCCUGCAGAGGGACUGUCAGCAUCACAAACAUCCAGCUGCCUCUGAAGGUGGAAUUUGUCUGCUCCUCACACAGCCGAACAGGUCGGCCGAGCCACUACUUUUUUGUCCUGAUCCGUUAUGGGCCCUGCAACAUCAUCGCCACCCCGCUGGCCACAGCUGCUGAUGCUCAGAAUGGAGACACCAUCUCCUUCCCUACAUCUGUCACUCUGAAGGAUAUUCGCUCAUCCUUUGAGAUUGAUGUGGAAGUCUACAGUCUGUCCCACACCUCAGGUAGCAGCUCCAGCGUGGACCGGAACACCACCAAGUCACGGGUCACACCAAGAAAGCUUCUGAGCACCAUCACACAGAGAUCCAAUCACAGUCUGACAUCUGCUGCUCUUCCUGCUCUCAACACUCGACGCUCCAGUAACUUCUGUCUCGUGGGCUCUCAUAAGAUCACCUUGGCCUCACUGGGACACAGCAAGUUCCCUCUGGAUAAGAUGAAACUUGAAGGAAAAAUCAGGAGGCUGCUGGGAGAUGAGUUUCAGGAAAAGGUGCCGUUUCUCUCUCCUCUAGAGGGCAACAUCUACUUACGGUUGGGCAGCGAGAGUCACUCUAAUGUGCACCACCAAGGCUUCCUGACAAUGUUUGAGUUGAUCAGUGGGUAUGGGGUGUGGCAUCGCCGAUAUUUUGUCCUGGAGGGAUGCAGCAUGUACUACUGGAACCACCCGAAUGACAAAGAAACCAAGGAAGCAGAGGGCAGCAUCUCUCUGUCCAGCUCUCCCAGUCAGUGUGUCAGGCCUGUCAAGAGGGACUCCUGUGCUCGACCUUUCACCUUUGAGCUGGUGAGCAACAUCCUACAUCAGCAGCAGGACGACAGCCAGGAAGCCUCAGCCAAGUGUUGGUUUUCAGCUGACACCAAACAGGAGAGACUGGACUGGAUGGAGAAACUCAACCAAGUUCUUUUGGACUUUCACACAUGGAACCGAACAUCAGUGAUCCAAACAGAAAGUCAGCAGUCACACACGUUGAGCAGUGGGAACUUGAGGGAGAGCAUACUGUAACUACAUCAUUAAGAUAACAUACAUACUCAUACAGUUGUCUGGGAUGAUGAAGGCGUCCUGGAUGCAGCUUUUAUGCGUUUGGUAGAUGAGCUGACAUCAGGGUUUAGAUCGAAAUGAAAUGGCCACAUUAUAAACAUAUAACCAGGCAAAAUGUAUCUCAUGUUGAUUUAUCUUUGGGAGAUGUUUAUGAUUAUUUCUUUUAAUCUGAAUCCAAUCAUUACUGUUGGUCUCUACUUUUAUUUGCCAAGUUACAGUUGCCAUUUGAAUAUUUUUAGUUUUUCUUUAUCAUGAUUUUGUGGAAAUCAGGUUUUAUUUUGACUUUUUUUUCUAUGGCAAUCAGCUGCUUUAGCCUCUGCUGGCACUAUUAUUUGGUCACUUUCAGUAGCUAAGGUGAAAGUUUUCUUGUAGCUUGUAUAUUUUUGAAAUAAUUUACUUUAUAUUUAGGUCCAUAUUGUAUUUUUGUAUCAUUCAAACUGGAAGGAUACACAGAUUUAUAUAGAUGCACUAAUAAAUAUUGAGGGAGAAGGAAAUCUUUAACUCUACUAAACUGAUCUAGGAUAAGAAUGUAUUUGAAAUGGCUGGGGACACUACAAAUUAUUAGAAUAUUGAAGGAAUGCUAGCUAGGGUGGAAAUGGGAGCCUCUCUUAGACAUUUAGACAUUAGCUGCCUGUUUACAGUGAAAUCUUUAGGGACACGAUCAAUCUGUUCUAAGAAGUGAAUGUGGUUGUUGUUCCACUGAUCCAACAGAUUCUGUUUCCGGUCAAAAUCUGUAUCUGUUCCUCCUGUUGGCACAGUGUGUCACUGGUGUCUUGGAGGUUUUACUUCCUUCUCUGUGCCCUGAAGUGUUCACUCAUAUUCCUUAGUACACGGAUUGUGUUACUGCUCAUAUAUAAACCUGUAUAUUUACAUAUGUAAACCUAUGUUUUAUAUGUAAUCAACUAGAUGAGAGAAGUGGUGAGGUAAAGUAAGAGGGCCGGCAGUGAUGCUGCUACGAUGAAUGUAGUCUGUUCUGUCUGAUGUCCUCUUUUUUUCCAUGUGUUUCCACCUAUCAGUCUGUCACUAUGUUCUAAAUGUUUCUCAUGUGAGCUCCCAUUCUAUGCACUUAAUGGAAGGUACCAAUAAAAUAAAUGGAAUGA